UGGAACUCCGGGCCGGUUCUGCUCCGCGUGCUGACAGUAGAAGCACUAACGGACCUUCCGAAUCUGUCACUGUAACGGUUUUGGCGUGAAAACGUCGCAUUUAUCGUACGGUUAUCUCCGUUAUUUGCUCGACAGACUCGACUUUCGGUGUGAAAAUCCGUCCACGUAGGCGUUGUUUACAUUUUUUGACAGGUGUAGCAAACUUGGAACAUUGUUGGAUAUCACGCCGGGAAAGGGCAACUCCUUCGCCUAGCUUAGUGUAUCGAAAACAUAAAGUUGACGUUCACAGGUACAGCAGUUUAACUGGAGGCAAAACGGGAGCAGCCGAGAUGACAGAGGAAUUAGAGCAUCUUCUUUCACAGCUGACACUGCCUGACAAUGCAGUUAUUCAGCAGGCCACAGCCCAGCUGAAACAGGCAUUCAAAGACCCAGGCAUCAUACCAGCCCUGUGCUCUGUCAUGAGUAGCUCACAAAACCCUCAGAUUCGUCAGUCAGCUACGGUGAUGCUGAGGUUAAGAGUCAAAAAACACUGGAAGAAGAUCAGCCCAAAUGAUAGAGAGAGCCUCAAGGCAGUGGUGUUGCAGGCCUUCAUGCAGGAAACAGAGCACACGGUUCAGCAUGCGCUCUCCCAGCUGUGUGCUGUGAUGGUUAAACAUGAGACACCGGAGAGCUGGCCUGCUUUACUUCAGCUCCUUACUCAAUCCACCAAGAGCAGCAACCCCCAAGACAGACAGAUUGGCCUUCUGCUGCUGAAUAAGGUGAUUGAGUCGAACCCUGAGCCGUUCAAGCCUCACUACUGCCAGCUGCUCCAGCUGUUCAGCGCCACACUACAGGAUCACAACAACCCGACGGCCAUGUACUACUGCAUCCUCUCCCUUACGGCAAUCACCGCAUACACUGGCACAGAAGAGAUGCACCAGAUGCGUUCCAUCAUUCCAACUCUGAUUGUUGCCCUGAAACAUCUCAUCAAGGCAGAUCAGGACAAAGCUACUGAGGCCAUGGAGGUGUUUAAUGAGCUCAUGGAGAGUGAGGUGUCCAUUAUUGUCCCUCAUAUUUCUGAUAUGGUCAGCUUCUGCUUGGAGAUUGGUGGUGACACAUCUCUGAAUGACUCCUUGCGGGUGAAAGCACUCUCUUGUAUCAUCUUUCUGAUCAAGCUGAAGAGCAAGGUAGUGCUGAAGCAGAAAUUGCUGAACCCCAUCCUGCAGACCAUUUUCCCCGUGCUGGUUGCAGACCCCCCACCUGGUGAGCAGGACCCAGAUGAUGAGGAGGAUGACAGUGGAGAUGGCACAGACAAUGACAAUCCCAAACACUGUGCUGCUCAGAUAAUAGACACCAUGGCACUCCAUAUGCCACCUGAAAAACUGUUCCAACAGCUGAUGCCCCUCACUCAAGCUUGCCUCGCUAGUAAAAACCCCUAUCAGAAGAAGGGCGGUCUGCUGUGUCUUGCUGUGCUAGCUGAAGGAUGUGCUGACUACAUACGCACCAAGAUGCUGUCAUCGGUCCUGCAGACAGUGUGCCAGAGUCUCUCUGAUAGUGAUCAGGUGGUGCGCAGUGCUGGCCUUUUUGCCCUCGGGCAGUUCUCUGAACAUUUACAGCCUGAGGUUAGCAAGUACUGUGCAGAGUUGAUGCCUUUGCUGCUGGGCUACCUGUCGUCCUUGAACCAGGCCAAUCUGAACCAUGUUACUAAGGCCUUUUAUGCCUUAGAGAACUUCAUGGAGAACCUGGGAGCAGAUAUUGAGCCUUACCUGCCCACUCUGAUGGAAACUAUGCUUUCUGCCCUCAACAACACCGACAACCUCAAAAUAAAGGAGCUUGCAGUGUCUGCCAUAGGUGCCAUUGCCAAUGCUGCCAAAGAGUUGCUGGUUCCCUACUUCCCUCCAGUUAUUGAAAGCCUGAAAGGAUUCCUGACAGCUACAACAGAGGAGAUGAGAUCGCUCCAGACUCAGUCCUUGGAUACUCUGUCGGUGCUCGCUCGCACCAUUGGUAAAAAUGUAUUCAGUCCUCUUGCUGCAGAGUGUGUUCAACUGGGCCUCAACCUCACAGACACCAUUGAUGAUCCUGACUUGAGGCGUUGCACGUACAGCCUUUACUCUGCCGUAUCCACUGUUAGUCCAGAGUGCCUGACUCCUCAUCUCACUGCCAUUACAACAGUUAUGCUACUUGCACUCAAGUCCAAUGAGGGGAUUACGGCACACCUCGAGGAAGACAAGACAUUUGUCCUACUGGACGAAGAUGAUGAUGAUGACCAUGAAGCAAAAGAUGAUGAUCACAUUUUGGAAGAGGAAACGGAGACAGAUGUUCAUGAUGUUGCAGGGUUCAGUGUAGAAAAUGCCUACAUUGAUGAGAAGGAAGACGCCUGUGAGGCACUAGGAGAGAUUGCCUUCAGCACUGGUGUUGCCUUCCAGCCCUUCCUGGAGUCCAGCUUCCAGCAGGUUUACGAGAUGAGAGAUUUUCCCCACGAGGACGUUCGCAGGGCAGCAUUUGGAGCCAUGGGCCAGUUUUGUCAAGCUCAGUACCAAGUUUGGAAGGAAAAUCCCACUGAUGCCAACCACCAGGCCCUUCUGAAGUUGCUGGAUGUGGUGAUUCCAUGCUUCCUGGAAAAUGUAAAAACAGAGCCAGAGCGCCAGGUUGUAAUGGGCAUCCUGGAAACCAUGAACAAUGUCAUCAAAACCUGUAAGGAGGAGGUUUUCAAAAACCCUAUGCGCCUUAAAGAGAUCAGCCAUGUCAUCAGUGAUGUUCUUAAGAAAAAGACGUUUUGUCAGGGCAGUGGUAGUGAUGAAGCCGAAGACGAUGACCAGCAGGCAGAGUACGAUGCCAUGCUCCAAGAGUUCGCAGGGGAGGGAAUACCCCUGUUGGCUGCUUCUGUACCUGCAAACAGCUUUUCCCCAUUCCUUAACGACCUGCUUCCUCUCAUCAUGAGCAAAGCCAAAUCCACAUGCACAGUUGCAGAUCGGUCCUUCUCUUUGGGAACAAUCGGAGAAAUCCUGCAGGCCCUGGUGAGUGUAUCUGGAGGCCAGGGAUUGGCAGGCAGACUGUCCAAUCGUUUACUUCCUGUGCUUGUGGCUGGAGCAAAGGACAGUGAUCCUGAAGUCCGGAACAACAGCGUGUUUGGACUGGGAUGUCUGGCUCAGGCAGCUGGACCCAUCGUUGUAUCAGACUAUCCCAUGAUGCUCUCUGUGUUUUCUAACCUCUUGGCCAAAGAGUCGGACCUCAGGGUGAUUGACAACCUGUGUGCUGCCCUCUGUAGGAUGAUCAUGAGCAAUGUGGAAGCCGUUCCUCUUGAACAGGUUAUGCCUGCUCUGGUGGGUCAUCUUCCCCUUAAAGAGGACAUGGAGGAGAACAAGACAGUGUUCAACUGCCUGGCUAUGCUCUACUCACGCAGCCCUGAUCUGAUUGUAAAGGUCAUGAAGCCUGUAGUUGCUGCUUCCACUCAUGUCCUUGGCAACAAGAAGGUUGAUGAAGACACCCAGAAGUCCGUGGCAAGGCUGCUAAAUGAAUUUGCUCAGCAACACUCUGCAGAAUUCCAAGUAGCUUUGACUUCACUUCCUGGAGAGCAGCAGGCUAAAAUAAGUGCGGCCAUCUCUGCCUCAUAGUCCUCACACAUCCUUCCACUCUCUUCUAAAAGCCAGGAAAAUAAAAGAAAAAUGCAGAUUUUAUACCGUUGGUGGAAAAUGGGACAGUUUUUUGGAGACAUUUGCCCAGAUUGAUCUAAACAUAGCACUUCAGCCAUUCUAGUAUAGUUACUAUCACAUUAGAAAGUCAAGCUUUUGAGGAUUCAUUUUUUUAAUUUAUUUGCUUAUAUGCAUGCAACGUUGAAGUUUUAUUAUUUUAAGAGUUUCAGUUAACCAUCCUGUGUUGAUAAUGUUGUAUUUUGUUUCUGUUAUUCUGUUAUGUGCUAAUAUAAAUUACUACUGUCCCCUUUUUGCCACUGUUUGUACAGACCAAUGGCUUUGCUGUACGAGUGUGAAGUGAUACAGUUUAUUCCAGAUAAAAGUCAUUUUCAUUCUCUCCA